AAUGAUAAACAUACUGCCUGUGUGCCUGUAGUGCAGAAAAUGUAAGGGGAUUCUGUUUUUGUGUAUUGCUGACAAUAAUAAAACGUAAACUGUGAUAAAACUGAACUUGCUGUGAACUAUGGAAGUGGUCUUCAAUUUAAUCAACGGGAAGAGAUUUUUUAAAUAUUCAUAUGAAGAAAAGAUAGAAUUAAAAAGACAAGGUAGACCAUUACCAGAUAUUUUUAUUGAAAAAUCUGGUUUAAGUAGAGGGAAAAGUUACACACGUAAAUUUAGUAGAGACAUUUAUUUUAAAAAUGACUGGAUUUGUGGAUGUAACAAAAAUAAUGCAUUAUACUGUUUUCCCUGCCUACUCUUUGGUGGUGAUAAAGCUUGGACAGAAAUAGGAGUCACCGAUCUAGAGCACUUGAGUUUGAAGAUAAAAAGACAUGAAAACUCUAAAAGCCAUCUUCAUAAUUGUAUGGAAUUUGCAUUACUUGGGUCAACUAAUAUAAGGGCUCAAUUAGAUUCUGCCUAUUGGAUAAAUGUACAGAGACAUAAUGAAAAUGUGUCAAAGAAAAGGUAUGUUUUAUCCAAAGUUAUUGAUUGCAUUAAAUUUUGUGGAGCUUUUGAAUUGGUUCUUCAGGGACAUGAUGAAAGUGAUACUUCCAACAAUAAUAAGACUUCCAACAAUCAGGGGAUAUUUCCUGAACUAAUGGGAUUGAUCAAUUUUUCGGCUGAACUAGAUGCAACUCUAAGUGAACACCUCAAGAAUUCUUCAAUAAUAUACAAAGCCACCUGUAAAGAAAUACAGAAUGAUCUGCUACAGUGUAUGCUUGAGAUCUGUCAUGAACAAAUAAUGAAGGAAAUUAAAAAUUCAUCAUUUUUGGCAAUCAUGGCAGAUGAAAUGAUGGAUGUUGCUGCAAAAUCACAUAUGGUAGUUGUUUUUAGAUAUGUUCAUGAUGGUGAGCCAGUUGAACGUUUUUGGAACUACUUAAAUCCUGUUAGGUGUGAUGCAGAAUCAAUCAGUGAAACAAUUUUAACUGUUAUAGAUCCUUUAGUUCAAAAUUCACCUAACAAACUAAUAGCACAAAGUUAUGAUGGUGCAGCAGUGAUGACCAACCAACAUACAGGUGUUCAAGCAUUAAUUAGAAAAAAGUAUCCCUUUGCUCACUAUGUGCAUUGUUAUGCUCACCAGUUAAAUUCUAUUAUGUCUAAAGCUGCUUCUAAAAAUAAGCAAAUACGUGUAUUUUUUGGACAUUUACAAGACAUUCCCAGCUUUUUUAACAAUUCCCCCCAGAGAAUAGAAGUGUUGGAUAAGAUUGUGAAGAGAAGGAUACCCCAGGGCACUUCAACCAGUUGGAAUUUCAAUAUAGGGACCAUUAAUGUUGUGUAUGAACAUAAAAACUCUCUUAUUGAAUGUAUGGAUGAAAUAGAAGAUCAGUUCACCAACAGCACAGUCUGUAGUGCAGCCGCCUCCAUUCGCAGUACAUUAAAUGAUCCGAUCUUCAAUUUUUGGCUGACUUUCUUCCAUCAUGUAAUGCCUCACGUAGACAUCCUUUCUAAUCAAUUGCAGCAGAGAAAUAUUGACCCCGCUCAAGUAGAAGAUGCUAUCAAUAAUUUUGAACACAACAUCAUUCAAGUUCAAAGUAGUAUUGAUAAUAUUAUUAGGGAAGCAUCAGAUAGGAGCCCUGAGGGCCAAGAUCCACCAGAAAAUAAACGCAAGCGUUCAUAUGACAGUAUGGAAGAUGCUAUCAAUAAUUUUGAACACAAUAGCAUUCAAGUUCAAAGUAGUAUUGAUAACAUCAUUAGCAAAGCAUUAGAUAUGAGCCAUGAGGGCGAAGAGCCACCAGAAAAUAAACCGAAGGGGUCAUGCGGCAACAGUAAAUUUGACCAUCGGAUAUCUGCUUUGGAGGUGUGUGAUGUCAUUAUAAAUUGUGCAAAAGAUAGAUUUGAUUUCAAAGAGCAUCUAGUAGUUGCAUCACUUCUUUAUUCCGAAUACUUUGGAAAGUAUUGUGGUAAAUUUCCUGAGGAUAAACUAACUUCUCUAUGUUCCUUUUAUCCCACAAUUGAUAAAGACCGAUUACGGACCGAACUGUCUCUCAUUUAUUCAAGAAAUGAUUGCAGGACAAUGAAUGGCGCACUACCUCUUCUAAAAUUUGUGAUAGCAAACAAUCUAGGAGAUACCUUGAAAGAGACAAAAAAAUUAUUAGAAAUUGUGGUAACAACUCCCAUGGCAACAUCAGAGGUCCAGCCACGUUUUUCAACCCUAAAACGGAUAGAAACGUUUUUCAGAAAUUCAAUGCCCGAGGAUCGUUUAACAGCUCUUUCCAUGCUAUCCAUUGAAAAAAAACUCAUCUCCGAAAUAGACAAUUUCAAUGACAAAGUGAUUACAAAAUUCGCGAACAAAAAAGAAUGUAACAUCGACUUGAUUUAUAAAAAAUAGAUGUAUUUUUUCAAAUAAGGGAUCGAACACCC